AUGGGGCUGGUCUGCGAGCGCUGCUGUAACUCCGGGAAACGUUGGCUUGCUGCAACUAACCCAGAGUUGGACAGCAAUCGCAACAGAGAAAACCCGACAAAGGUAUUGGAAAGGGCAGGCGCGGGCCCCGAAUUGCGCUCCCGGGUGGUCGGAGCAGCAGCUGAGUUCAACUCCUGGGCAGGCCCCCAGCGCACCCCUCCGCACCCACUUCUAGGCGCUGUCUUCAGCGGCUGCUUUGAAAGCUCCGGCGCGCCCCGGGCUACUAAAUCGCAACCCCCCUUGCUCCCUUCGUCCUCGCCCCUCUCCCCGGACCAUGACCUAGAGGCACCUGCGCAGGUAGCCGCAGCAGCCACAAUGGCCACCACAAAGAAGGCGGAGGCCGGCGGGAACGAGCUCGCAGGACUCUUGGGGCCGGUCCCGGACCUUCUGGAAGUGGCCAACUCCAGUAGCAACGGAUCGCUACAGCUACAGGACUUGUGGGAUCUAGGGCUGGAGCUGCCAGACGGCGCGCCCCCGGGCAGUGUGGCAGCGGAGAGCGCUGACACCGAAGCGCGGGUGCGCAUCCUGAUCAGCGCAGUAUACUGGGUGGUCUGCGCGCUGGGGCUGGUGGGCAACCUGCUGGUACUCUACCUGAUGAAGAGCAAGCAGGGCUGGCGCAAGUCCUCCAUCAACCUCUUUGUCACCAACCUGGCGCUCACAGACUUCCAGUUCGUGCUCACUUUGCCCUUCUGGGCCGUGGAGAACGCGCUAGACUUCAGGUGGCCCUUCGGCAACGCCAUGUGUAAGAUCGUGUCAGUCGUGACGUCCGUGAACAUGUACGCCAGCGUCUUCUUCCUCACCGCCAUGAGCGUGGCGCGCUACCACUCGGUGGCCUCGGCUCUAAAGAGCCACCGGACCCGAGGGCACUGCCAGGGCGACUGCUGGGGCGACCGCCUGGGGAACAGCUACUGCUUCUCAGCCAAGGCUCUGUGCGUGUUGAUCUGGGCCUUGGCCGCACUGGCCUCGCUGCCCAAUGCAGUCUUCUCCACCACGAUCAAAGUGAUGAGCGAAGAGCUGUGCCUGGUCCGCUUCCCGGACAGGUUGCUGGGCGGCGACCGGCAGUUCUGGCUGGGCCUGUACCACUUGCAGAAGGUGUUGCUGGGCUUCUUGCUGCCUCUGGGAGUUAUCAGCCUGUGCUACCUGCUACUGGUGCGCUUCAUCUCCGACCGUCGUGUGGUGGGGACCGAGGGGGCUGCAGGGGCAGGAGGCCCGACGGGAGCCAGCGCUCGUCGACGCGCCAAGGUCACGAAGUCGGUGACCAUCGUGGUCCUAUCCUUCUUCCUCUGUUGGCUGCCCAACCAGGCGCUAACCACCUGGAGCAUCCUCAUCAAGUUUAACGCAGUGCCCUUCAGCCAGGAGUACUUCCUGUGCCAGGUAUAUGCAUUCCCGGUGAGCGUGUGCCUGGCGCACUCCAACAGCUGCCUCAACCCCAUCCUCUACUGUCUGGUGCGCCGUGAGUUCCGCAAAGCGCUCAAGAACCUGCUGUGGCGUAUUGCCUCGCCCUCGCUCACCAGCAUGCGCCCCUUCACUGCCACCACCAAGCCAGAGCCCGAAGACCACGGGCUGCAGGCCCUUGCGCCGGUCCACGCAGCUGCAGAGCCAGAUGUGCUCUACUACCCACCUGGCGUGGUGGUCUACAGUGGAGGGCACUACGAUCUUCUGCCCAACAACUCCGCCUAUUGA